CACACAAAAGCUAGAGAUAGAUCAGUGAGAAACAAUGGCAGCAGUAGCACAAAACUCAUCAUUUGUGAAAGCUUUAGCAGAAAACACCACUCUCAAAUCCAUUCCUUCUCAAUUCACUUUCGCCACUGAUUCCAAAGCCUCCCAAUCCGAUUCACUCCCCAUCAUCGACUUCUCUCUCCUCACCUCCCCCGAUCCCGACCAGAGCUGCACAGUCCUUGCUGACCUCGACAGCGCUUGUCGGGAAUGGGGCUUCUUCAUCUUGGUGAACCAUGGGAUUCCGGAGAAGCUUCUCAAAGCUAUCAUCGCAGCGAGUUUGGAGUUUUUCGAGCUGCCGGAGGAGGAGAAGCGGAGGUAUGAGGCCAAGAGCGCUUCGGACCCAAUUAAGUCCGGCAGCGGCAGCCUCAUCAACGCUGCUAACCAAAAGGUUCAUCUUUGGAGGGAUUUUGUCAAAUCGUAUGUUCAUCCCGAGUUUAACUGCCCUAGUGAGCCUCAAACUCUAAGAUAUUGAGCAAUGGGAGAUACAAGAGCGUGAGGCACAGAGCCGUCGUGAAUACGGAGGCGACGAGGAUCUCCGUCGUAAUGGCCAACGGGGUGGCGCCGGAUGCGGUGGUUGCUCCGGCGCCGCAGCUGGUUGAACAAGACGGCCGGCCAUUUUAUCAACCCAUGAAAUUCAUCGAGUAUGUUGAAACUAUGCUGACCAAUCGACUUCUGGGAAAAAGCAACUUAGACUGCAUCAAGAUUCAACAUGAAUGAAUUAUUUAAUCAUACGUAAUUAGUUAAAUAUUUACAUAUUUAAUUUCUUGAGGUUGUGAAAUUGAUGUUUGCUUAGUAACUUCUUGUAUCACAAUGGCGCCAAUUCAUGUAUCGAAACAUUGUAUUUUUAAUUACUAUUGAAAUAUUUAUUUACGGAA